GAUAUGAUUGCGUUGCCACUCACCGCAAAUUAAACUAGUGCUGAAGUUGCCGGACAAUGUAGCCGAAUUCAAGGCAUUUGGCAUGUUGAAUAUCGCUAGAUGUAGUCUAUUCGCGGUUGUGCUGCUCGUGCUCCUCGCGCACGCUUGCGUGCCAUCAACAGCUUCGGACGCGGGGGCGCUCACAAACCCGGUAGCUAGGUUUGCGGAGUCGCACUUUGCCCGUCAUGGAGCAAAGCUGCCAACGCGUCAGUUCCUGGCUGCGCUCCGGGCUGCCGCGGUCGACACCCGCCACCUGUCGUGUCGCAAGAGCCUGGUGCUGCUGGGUAUGGCGAACGAGGAGGCGCUAGAGCACACAGUUCCCCUCUUCCUGGAGAGCCUCCGACGCGUGCCUGUCACCGACGGGAAACAUGGUGGGCGCAGCCUGGAUCAGCACCUGGUGCUGGUGGCGUGGUCGGGGGCAGCGCUGGCGGCCUGCCAAGCGCUGAACAGCCGCUACGGACACACGUGUGUCCGUGACGCGGAGCACACAGCGGCCACGGGCUCCUUCGGCUUUCAUGACGCUGGCUUUAACUCACUUGGGUUUGCCAAGAUUAAGUACAUCCUGAACGGGCUGUCGGCGGGGCACGACGUGGUGUUUUUGGACACGGACAUCAUCGUGCUGCAGGACCCGCUGCCGUACUUCCUGGGGCGAGGGGCGGACAUGUGGGGCUCUAUGGAGAAGUGCAUGAUCUACCCAGACAGAAUGUCUUUCCACUCAACCGAGUUCCAGGCCUUUCACAAGAAGCUGCCGCCAAUCAACAUCGGUGUGCUGUACUUCAAGGCGACGGCCGGUGUCACACGCUGCGUGUACAGCUGGCUCAUGGAGAUGUACACGGAGGUGCUGAACCGGCCACGGGUGUGGGACCAGGACCUGUAUGGCAAGGUGAUGGUCAAAUGCACUGCCCUGCACGAGCUGCGCUGGCAGGUGCUCGACCCGCGCCUGUUCCAGUCGGCCUGCUUCCCGGGCUGCGGCUGCAGUUUCUCCGAUUCGGACAUGACUGACCCCGAGCGGGUGGGCAAGUUUGCCAAAGGCCACAGGCCGGACAGGCAGGGGCGCUGCAGUCCCGAGCACUUCUCCAGCUGGCUCAUGCGCCACUUCCCCUGCUCGGGGCUGACGCACCAGAAGGCAAAGCUGAUGACGGGGCUGAUGGAGGGCUUUUUCAACUCUACCAGCGCAGUAAUCACACGGAAUCGCAGGCGGCAAUAAGGGGCAUUGAAGGGCGAAGAUGCUUUACGGGUACAUGCUACGGAACGUUGACGUGCUCGGUUGCUCGGACAGGUUGGAUUCUCCACGGUUGGCUUGCCACUGGCUGCAUAGGGUACAGUGUGAGGUUGCGCGUCCUGAUGCACGGUGUGGGGAUGCGUGUUCUGGUGCGGGGUGUUGCGCGUGUACCAUGGCCGAAGCUGGUUCAUGUUUGGCGUGCGUGUCAUCGGGGUUGCAAGCAGUCAGCCGGCGACAGAUCAUGGUACGGAUGUCACCCCACGAACAUUGUCAUAACCUCUGUAAUAGGGACUUUAUUUCAAGGCAAGCAAUAAAAUAGCACGCUGCGGCGCUGAACGCUGGAUUUCAAGACAGACGAACAUUCACGAGC